GGAAGCCACCCAUUGACACCAAACAGUCUCCGACAACUACCAAAACCCAAGAAGCGGAUGCCGAAUUCCAGAUAGCAGCAGAUCUGACACUCUACGCAAAUCCUCUGCGCUGUUUACACCACAAAAAAUCCGAUCAUGGGACCGGAAGCUCACAUGAAAACCAUGGCCACCACGGGAAAACAAAAACGGAAGAAGAUGCCGAAGAGGCGGGAGACAUCAUUGCUGCCGACCUUACAAUGUAUGGGAGUCCAUUGGACGACAAUUGA